UGACCCCACAGGAUGACAGAAGCUCCACAGCCCAACGCUACCUUCUCACGCCCAGCCUUCUUCAUAAUGACCGGCAUCCCAGGGCUCGGGGGCGCGCAGGCCUGGCUGACACUGGUCUUUGGGCCCGCGUACCUGCUCUCCCUGCUGGGGAAUGGAGCACUCCUGGCAGUGGUGCAGACAGCCUCCACACUGCAGCAGCCCAUGUUUCUGCUCCUGGCCACCCUGGCAGCCACAGAUCUGAGCUUAGCCACAUCGAUAGCUCCAGGGCUGCUGGCUGUGCUGUGGCUCGGGCCCCGGCCUGUGCCCUACGCUGCCUGCCUGGCGCAGAUGUUCUUUGUUCACGCACUGACAGCGGUGGAAUCCGGUGUACUGUUGGCCAUGGCCUGUGACCGCGCUGUGGCAGUCGGGCGUCCGUUGCACUACCCCAUCCUGGUCACCAAAGCCCGUGUGGGGUAUGCAGCUCUGGCACUGGCGCUAAAAGCUGUGGCUAUUGUUGUGCCUUUCCCUCUGCUGGUCGCACGGUUUGAGCACUUCCAGGCCCAGAACAUAGACCAUGCCUACUGUGCACACAUGGCAGUGGUGGAGCUGGUGGUGGGUAACACACGAGCCAACAACCUGUACGGGCUGGUGCUGUCGUUGGCUGUGUCGGGUAUAGAUAUUCUAGGCAUCACGGGCUCCUAUGGGCUCAUCGCCCACGCGGUGCUGCGGCUGCCCACCCGGGAAGCCCGCACCAAGGCCUUUGGUACCUGCAGUUCCCACAUCUGUGUCAUUCUAGCCUUCUAUGUGCCUGGUCUCUUCUCCUACCUCACACACCGCUUUGGUCGUCACACCGUCCCCAAGCCUGUGCACGUCCUUCUCUCUAACACCUAUCUGCUGCUGCCACCUGCCCUUAACCCUCUCAUCUAUGGGGCCCGCACCAAGCAGAUCAGGGACCGGCUCCUGGAAAUCUUCACAUUCAAGAAAAGCCAGUUCUAAUGAGCAGUGAAAACAAGGGAGCCUGAGGGUGGGAGAGGGGGUACAUUCAGAGGAGUCUGGGGUCUGGAGGUGUGGAUGAUG